ACAGGGCUUGUGGGGGGGGUGUCCUUCCCUCCCUGACCCUCUCUCUUUUCUCCCCAGCCUCUUUCUUCGGGGACAGCUUCGUGGAGAUGCCGCUGGCGGAUGCUUCUCACACGGUGCGGCUCCACCUGCAGCUUUACACCAGCCAGGGGAGCGGGCUGCUCUUCCUGGCCGCUGGCCAGCCCGACCACCUGCUGCUCCAGCUGCAAGCCGGCACCCUGCAGGCCAGGCUGCAGCUGGGCUCAGAAGAGGUGAUGCUGCAGUCCCCAGCAGAGCUGCAGCUCAAUAACCUAGUGGUGCAUGAUGUGGAGCUGCUGGUGGAAGAUGGCAGGAUGAUGCUGACCAUCGACGGCCUCUUCAACAGCUCCGUGGACAUCACAGGACCUGUACGGGAGCUGGACAUCCAGUACGGCCUCUAUGCUGGUGGGACAGGCAGCCUUGACCUGCCAUACCUCGCCAAGGCCAGCUCACCCUUCAGAGGUUGCCUCCACUUAGUGACAUUCAAUGGCCUGGAUGUCCUCUCCCCAUUGUCCUCUGACGGCAGCUCCAAGAUCUUCCACCAGGUCCAGGAAGGGUGCAGCACGCAGUUCUCUGCAGACCCCGAGGACCCCUUUGGGUUCCUGGGGCCACACUCCUACAUUGCGUUUCCCAUGUGGGAUGCAAGGGAGGAAGCAACCAUUGAAUUUGUGAUAACAACAAGCAUCACCCAGGCACCCCUCAUCUACCACGCAGGGCUGGAGAAUGACUUCUUCUACCUGGAGAUCUCCAAUGGGCGCCUGAGAGGGUUUGUUGAGAAGGGGAACGGCAUCAUUGUCCUGCACAACAACGUCUUCAUCAGUGAUGAGCAGCAGCACUAUGUCAAAGUCUACACGGACAUCCACAAGUUUGAGAUCCUGAUUGAUUACUACGCCUCAUCCACGUCCAACCGGGGCAUCAACAACUACCUGGACCUUCAGGGACACCUCUUCAUUGGAGGUAUGAAUGAAAAAGCUUUGCAAAGGCUGAGGGAGCACCAUCUUGCUUUCACCUCUGUGUGGACCAUGACCAACAACUCAUUUGUUGGCUGCUUGGAGGACCUGCGGAUAAACCUGCAGAGGAUGAGUCUGCAAGAUGCCGUGAUCACAUCGGGCAUCACAUCAGGCUGUGGAAAGCAGGAGCACUACUGGGACUAUGACGAGGUGUAUGAGCAGGAUGAGGCACCCACCUCCCCAUCUCCAGAUGUCUGGUCAGGAGCACCAGGCCUGGUGGUGGAACCAUGCCAGCCAGACAACAGCUUCCCACCUGCCUUCGCCAACAUCAGCAGGCUGCUGCACAUCAGCCCCAUCAUCGUCUCUGAAGGGGGCAUGGCCUAUCUGGAGUGGAAACACGCCCAGCCAACAGUAGAUUUGAGCCUUGCAAACAUCCGGCAAUCCCAAAUACUCUUUAGCAUCACCAAUGACCCUAGGCACGGCCAGCUGGAGCUGGACAUUCCUGGGUCCAGGAGCAGAAGGAAGUUCACCUUGUUGGACAUUGUGAAUCGGAAAGUCAGAUACGUCCACGAUGGCUCUGAAGGGCCCAUGGACCAGCUGAUGCUGGAGGUGACAGUGACUGCCCAGCAAGGGAUCCCAGAGUGUUUGCGGCAGGGGCAGAUGUACCUGCUGCCCAUCAUGAUCAACCCCAUCAAUGAUGCCCCACAGGUGAUCUUUCCCCAUGGGAACCACAUGACAGUCCUAAAGCACACACGGAAACACCUGACCACAGACAUCCUGCAGGUCCUAGAUGAUGACACAUCCUGUGACGACCUCGAAUUCCAACUGCGUGGUGGCCAGCAGAUGGAAGAAGGUUAUGUGGAGUACGACUUCCACCCUGGCGUGCCCAUCGAAGAGUUCUCCUGCAGCGACCUGGAAGCAGGAAACGUAGUCUAUGUGCACCAGGCUGGGACAAACUUACAGCUCACCUUGCAGGUGAGCGAUGGCACAGUCCCAAGCCCCAUUGCCACCCUGAGGAUCCUCGCCAUUGACCCUGACAUCCGCCUGCACAACAACACUGGCCUCUCCAUCUCCCAAGGAGGGGCUGCACGCAUUACCACAGCCAACCUGUCAGUGGAGACAAAUGCCGUGAAACAACGGGUCGCCAUCCUGUAUGUCCUCACAGAGCCCCUAAGGUAUGGUGAGGUCCAGAAGCAAGGGAGUGUGGGAGGGGAAUGGAAAAAAGUCGAGUCCUUCCACCAGCAAGACCUGGAGCAAGGGCGCAUCCAGUAUUUUAGCACAGACUCGGAUCACUGGCUGGAAGAUGUUGUGGAGAAGCUGAGAUUCGAAGUCCAGGUUGGGCAGAAGAUCUUGCAAAACAACACCUUUCUCAUAAGGAUUAAAAGAGCCACCAUUAAGAUGAGGACCAUGGUCCCCCUCCAGAUGAAGAACAAGCGGCACAGAAAUAUCACCAGUAAGGAGUUGGAGGCAAUGUUGGAAGAUCCAAACUCUGCCCCAGUCCCCUUCCACUACAUGAUAAUCCAGGCUCCCAAAAAGGGAAACCUGGAGCUGCUCGGCAACAGGCUGACCGAGGGUUUUGGAUUUACCCAAGAUGACCUGCAAAGAAACCACCUGAGCUACAGCUCAACCAUCAGGAACUCUCAGCAAGCAGAGGACACCUUCCAGUUUCGUGUCCAUGCUGGCGAGCAGCACUCUCCUGUCUAUACCUACACAAUCAGCAUUGGUGGGGACCCUGACGCACCAGCCCUGACCAACGUCCUCCUGACUGUGCCAGAAGGGGGGCAAGCCAUCAUCUCCAAGGACCACUUGUUUGUACAGAGCAUGAACAGCAUGGACUACCUCUAUGAAGUGAUUGAGGGGCCAGCACAUGGGAGGCUGGCCUGGGCUACAUCCCAUGGCUGGGCCUCUAGAGAGGAGAUCACAGAGUUCACCAACGAUGACAUCCUCCACCGCCGGCUGCUGUACCAGCACGAUGACUCCGAGACACUGGAGGACGACAUCCCCUUUGUAGCGAUCAGGCAGGGUGAGGGCAGCGCUGAGCCUGAUGCGGAGGAGGUGAGAGGUGUUUUCAGGGUCUCCAUCCAACCCGUCAAUGACCACACCCCAGUCCAGGUGGUGAACAAGGUCUUCAAUGUGGUGCGCAAUGGGCAGCACCUGCUGACGACAGAUGACAUCGCCUUCACUGACAAGGACUCUGGCUUCUCCGACACACAGCUAGUGCUGGCAAGGAAGGACAUUUUGUUUGGCAGCAUUGUGUCUGUUGAUGACAGAAGCCACCAGGUCUAUCGGUUCACACAGGAUGACUUGAGGAAGAAGAAGAUCCUCUUUGUCCAUUCAGGGGCUGACCGGGGCUGGAUCCAGCUACAGGUCUCAGAUGGUCUUCACCAAACCACAGCCCUCCUGGAAGUACAGGCAUCAGACCCCUACAUCAAAAUAGUCAACAACACCGGUCUAGUCAUCCACCAAGGCAGCCGAGGUAGUAUUGACUCCUCUGUCCUCAGCCUGGAGACCAACAUGGACAUCAGGUCAGAUGAAGAGAUACGGUUCCUGAUAACGACCCCCCCAAGGUGGGGGACUGUGCUGAGAGGGGAGCAGCCAGUCAUGGCCUUCUCCCAGAGGGACCUGCUAGCAGGAGAGAUCUCCUACCACCACAACGGGAGCAGGAACACCCGGGAUGAGCUCCAGUUCACUGUAGAAGCGAACGAGGUGGCGGUGGAGGACACAUUGGCCAUCAGCGUGUUCUUGGGCACCCAUCCCAGCCCCCUGCGCAUAGUCAACCACAAGGAGAUCCACGUCUUCCAGGGGGAAGCGGCUGGGAUCAAGGAGGAGUACUUACUGGUGACCCACGAAGAAAUCCCUCCCCAAGACAUAGUCUACCUGGUGAGCAGUCCCCCGGCCUCCGGCUUCCUGGCGAUGCUUCAGCAUGGCCAAGACUCAAACGAGCAGCCCAGCCUGGACCCCAUCCAGUCCUUCACCCAGGAAGACAUCAACAACGGCAGAGUCCUCUACCUCCACUCCAAGCCAGAGGAGGACCAUGACCGGUUUGUUGUGGACAUCACGGCCAGCAGUGCAGACCCGCUGGAAGGGGUGGUGGUGAGCCUGACCGUGCUCCCCAUCACCAUCCCCCUGGAUGUCCACAACAUCACAGUGCUGGGAGGUGGCUCUGUCACCCUCUCCACGGGCACCCUCAACAUCCCCAACGCCUACUUCACAGCUCUCGGCAUGGAGUUCAAGGUGCUCGAGCCCCCCCGGUUUGGCACCCUCCUGAACAGCGAGCGGCCCGAGGACGGCGGGCUGCACAGCUUCACCUGGAGUGAGGUAGAGCAGCCAAGG